CGCCGCUCGCUUCCCGCCUUUCGCGCCUCAGGGCGCUCGGUGUGUUUUUUUCCCCCCCCGCUUCGCGGCCUCCUGAGGGAGCGGAAGGCUCCCUUUGCCCGCUGCUAUGGCCCCGACCUGCCGCUGAGCGCUACACCCCGCCAUGGCGGAGUCCUUGCCCUUGCCCGGAUUGUCGCUUCGGGAGGAACCGCUGCCCGGUCCCGGCGCCGCCGAAGGGGAAGCCGAGCUGUCGUUGAGCUUGGCGCGCACCAAAACGCGGUCGUACGGCAGCACGGCCACGGUGGUCGCCCCCUUGGCGGAGCGGUACGUGGAGCACCGCCUCAGCCCCGGAGAUACCUUGCCGGGCCUGGCGCUCAAGUACGGUGUGACGAUGGAGCAAAUAAAAAGAGCAAAUAAACUUUUUACAAAUGACUGCAUAUUUCUUAGAAAAACAUUAAAUAUCCCGGUUAUACUGGAAAAGGCUUUGCUGUUUAAUGGAUGUAACUCACUGGAGUCUCCAGAGGAUGAUACUGACAAUCCCACUUCUUGUGAAGAAAGUCCCAUGACAGUUCAGGAAGACAACUCUUCCCCCAGUCCUCAAGAAUCUGACCAUCGACUUCCUCCCCCACCUGAAGAACUCUCUGCCAAAGAUUUUCUGCAUAGAAUGGAUGUGCAGAUUAAAUUGUCCAAACAAGCAGCUAAGAAAUUAAAAUCUGAAGAUAACAGGGAAUAUGGUGAGGAAAAUUCCUAUGCAAUUUCUUAUCAGCAGUAGAAAAUUAAUAAAGAGCUGGAAUGAAAGCAGUUCUUAAAGAACUAAAUAUUUGAAGAUUCAAAAGAUCUUUUGGAUUGAUAUAUUGUACUUGUUACAAAUCAUAUAUAAAAAUUCCACUGACUGUUGCACUAAAAGUAUGGUAUUUGAAUGUUUGCCUUCUAUAGGUCAAUAUUCUUUUACUAUUUAUUAAUAAAGGAAGUGCUUCUCCAAAAUAUUGCCUUUAUAUUUCUGCUAAAAAUGACACACUAGCAACAAUAUAUUCCUAAGAGAACUUCAAUGCAGAUUUUUUUGUUUUUGUAUACAUAUAUAUCUAUAUAAAAGAUAAUAUUAAAGGAACAAUCAUUUAUUUUAAGAAAAAGCCCUGUGAAGUCUUGACUCAGAUAUGUUUGUAAUGCAAAUUUUGUGAACUUGAUGCUGAUGGAUGCACCAUGAUUAAGUUGUAUGUUUAUGCACAUCUGUAUAUGUCUCUGUGUUAACAUACAUAACGAUAAUGCUCUUAAAGUGAAUCAGUUUUAGCCAACUUUAGGGAAAAAGUUGGGCUCUUAAAAUAUGGUAAAUUAUUUUGUUUGGAAAACAAGGGACCAAGCAGAGUAAAUUGUACUUUUUUCUUUGUGAAAAGGUGGAACAUAUUUUCUUGUUAGCACAUAUACAUAGUUUCAUGUAUUGAAUAUAAAAUGCACUUUAAAGAGUUACUGCCUUUGUUGUUUGACGUAUCUGAUGCUUUGCAACUACUGAACAUUUCAUAUAUGAUUUGUUUCAUAUGCUAUAUUAAAAUUUCUUAAGUUA